GCGGCGGGGUCCCGACCGUGCCCGGCCCAUGGCCCGGCCCCUGGCGCCCCCCGAGGCCCCGCGCUGCUUCGCGGCGCUGAGCACGGUGCAGCUGCGGGCGUUGCUGCAGGACGAGCCCCGGCUGCAGCGCGCCGCCCGCCUCAGCAGGAAGUUUCAGAGUCUGCAGCUGGAGCGGGAGAUGUGUUUGGCAUCAAACAGUACCCUGGCCAGGGAGAACCUGUCCCUGCGCCCACAGCUGGAGGACGGGAAGGCUUCCUUAGCCAUCAAGUACCAGGAGCUACAGGAGAUACAAGAAGCGUGCUGGGACAAGCAGCAGCGCCUGGAGACAUACCUGGAGAAGUGGAGCCCACAGAGUGCCCUUGGCCAGCUCCAAGCCAAGCUGGAUGCCUCCGAGGCAGAGUCAGAGGCACAGAUGGAGCAGUUCCUGGCCCAAGACCUGCCCCUUGAUGCCUUUCUGGAAUCCUUUUGCCAGAGCCGCACACGCUCUCACAUCUGCCGGGUACAGCUGGAGAAACUGCAGGAGCUGCUGCAGAAAGGCAGGGCAGACAGGGACCCUGCAGGCCCCAUGGGGCGCCCAGGUGCCCAAGUCAGCCCAGCGCCAGUCCGCCUUGCCCCGCUGUGGAGCGGAGCAACCCCCAAAGACCUCCAUCUCUGCUAUCACUUCGUGCCUGCCUGUCUUAUCCCCUCAGAGACUGUUGUGCCCUUUGCCAUGCCAGCUGUACCUCUGAAACGCCAUCUCCCAGCCCUGGGAAAGCAGCCAGCAGCCCCCUGCCCUGACACCCCUAUGGGCUUGCCCCUGCGCCUUGUCCGACACAUACCCCUGCUCAGCCCCCGUCCUUUCUGCGUGCAGCAGCUGCCACGCCACCAGAAGCAGGAGCCACCACACCGGUAACAGAACAGGGGCAGGGCUGUGCCCUGUGGGCUGCAUGGUCUUGGCCAGGGAGCACGCAGGGGUGUCCACAAGGCCCUGAGGCUGUGGUGGCUGUUGGGCAGGUACAGGGGGUGGGUACUUGUGGAGAAGGAGCUGCUUGGCUGAGGAUGCAGUGGGGUAGCAAGUGUGGCCAGGCAGUAGAUGCUGCACUUGGUGAGCUGUUGGGGGGAAAGAUAUGUCUAUGUCCACAGCAAGAGGAACAGUGAUGGGAGAUGGGGGUGGGGGGUCAGUAGAGCCCAGGUGGGUUGGAGGAGGCAGGGAAGAGGGCUCAGGAGCUCUGGGCGCCACAUGCUUUCUAAAUAAAGACUUUUUUCCAUGCUC